UGUCCUUCCAGUCGCCCCCAGCCAACCACAGCGGCGCGCGGAACCUCGUCGCCAGCGCUGGCCGGCUGCUCCUGCCUCCGCCACCCUCCCCUGGCUCCGCGGACCUCCUACACCCACCCCCGCAACCUCCACCGUCCUCCCCCGCUCGCCCGCCACUGCGCCACGACCUCCCUUGCUUGCCACCGACGGCCGCUGCUCACCCCACUCCCCUGGAUCGGCUCCGGCGACCUGAAGGUACCUGAUCGGCCGUCCUCGCCUGCUCCGGCCGGCGGGCUCCCUUGCCUGACUCGGCCCCGGCGACCUCGACGGCACCGCCCUUCUCCGGCGACCACACCGGCUGGUCCUGCUCCAACGAUCGAGUCACGCCGCUGUAGCAUUUCAUCGACACCGCCACCACCAUCUUGGAGGAAUUCCUGUCCAGCGCUGACAAGGAUGGAAGCAGCACUGACAAAUCCUUUCAUAAGGUUCACAGGAUGGCAGUUUAAGUUUGUUGAAGGUUUGGUAUCACUUCUGCUCCAGGUAGGACAUCUUUGAGCAGGACACCAUGCACAAAAGGUUUGGUACUAAUUUCUUGAAAAAAUCGUGCUUUUUGCAGCACCAUCCUGUUGAGCCAUGAGAUUUGAACCAAUGAAUUCAGAUAACAUAUACCAUGUUUAUGGAUCGCUACAUGUUCCAUUGGAAGUGGAACAAUGUUUGCUACUUAAUUCUCAAAAAAAUCGUGCUUUCGCAUCACCAUCCUGUGGAACCACGAGGCCUGAUCCAAUUAUUUCAGAGAACAUGUACUAUGUUUAUGGAUCACUACAUGUUCUGGUGGAACAAGUCAGCACCUCCUCGUUUGAUUGCUAUGGACUUCCUUAUUACUACAUUAUUACUCCAGGGUUUGCUAAGGUUCUAUUUUAAUCAUACGAUGAGCAUGGGGUCCACAACAUACUCACAUAGUUACAAAUCUGAAGCACUGGUGCAUAGCCUUGUGCUAGGUAGUGACAGUCCUCUUCUGGAUGUACUUCGGGCUGCACUACUUCCUCGACAAGUUCGCCGGCGACACGUGCACGGCCCUCGAGGAGUACCAGCUGAACCCCAAGAACAGUAUGCUGGGCGCCAUCAUACCCUGCAGCGAGAAGAUGUCCGGCAGCGUCAUCCUGCACGAUGUUGGUGCAGGCAUACACGACAUCAUAGACCAGGUACUCCAAAAGUAACGAAGGAAAAGGAGACGGUGCCAUCGAUGAUUUUCUUGACAGAUGCCAUCUUGUGUCUGUCAUGCUUAUCAUUCUUCUUGCAGUUUUUGCCAUAGUUGCAUCGGCAAUCGCGCUUCAGGGUGCUGUGCGAUUUCAUUCUAGAGCAGAGUCCAUCAAAGAUAUCGUCGGGAGAACAGCGCUUGAAGCGACGGCGACGAUUUACAACAUUACAGGAGCCAUUGAGAGGAUGCAGAACAUAUCGAAGCUAUACAACAUUGGUAGCCAAUCCUUUGAUCAUCUGAACUCCACAGUAAAGGCACUGAACUCUGAAGCUGUGGAAAUUCAGGCGAAGGCCGAAAAGAACAUGCGCUUGGUCAGCAAAGGCAUCAACACAUUAGAACUUGUCAUCAUUUUAACCGUGACGCUGAAUCUUGUCGUGGUCCUUGUCUUGCUAGUGGGAAGACCUUUGAGGCUACAGAAGUUGUACUAUAUGUGCAUAGCCUUGUGCUGGGUACUGACAGUCCUCUUCUGGAUGUACUUCGGACUGUACUACUUCCUCGACAAGUUCGCCGGCGACACGUGCGCGGCCCUCGAGGAGUACCAGCUGAACCCCAAGAACAGCAUGCUGGGCGCCAUCAUACCCUGCAGCGAGAAGAUGUCCGGCAGCGUCAUCCUGCACGAUGUUGGUGCAGGCAUACACGGCAUCAUAGACCAGAGUUGCAUCGGCAAUCGCGCUUCAGGGUGCUGUGCGAUUUCAUUCUAGAGCAGAGUCCAUCAAAGAUAUCGUCGGGAGAACAGCGCUUGAAGCGACGGCGACGAUUUACAACAUUACAGGAGCCAUUGAGAGGAUGCAGAACAUAUCGAAGCUAUACAACAUUAGUAGCCAAUCCUUUGAUCAUCUGAACUCCACAG